CCGAUCCUCUGUACAUUUCGAUGUGAUGGAGACGGGAUACGACUUCAUUCUUGGCACUCCGUGGUCUCGUCGGUUCCGCAGCACCGAGGCCGAAUGGGCGACCAACACUCUCCUUCUCAAAAUGAAGCGUGGACAGACGUAUCGGGUACCUUUCAUAGGUACCACUGCGACACCACGCUCCGAUCCUCCUCCGCCGGAGCCUUUCGUGCCCAAACCAUCUCCUUCUAUCACUGUCACCUCGCCUCGGCAGUUUGCUCACUUCAUCCUACAAGACGACGUCACCUUCUUUAUGGUGAACGUGACGGAUCUCUUACACUAUGAUCCACCCUGUUCCGACGUCGAGCUCAUCCCUCUGGAGCCAGAUCCUCCUUCUAUCUCCAUAGCUCUCAUCUCUACUUCCGUCACUCCGUCGGCCGUCGAGUCCACCCCGCCGUCGCGCGCUGACGCUGACGCUGAGGAACUCGCACGAUAUACGGCUGACCUGGAGCCCGUAGUUUGUGACCUCAUUCGAGAGUACCAUGACGUUUUCCCUUCGUCGUUCUCGUACGCCGACAUCCCACCGAUGCGCGACGUCGAGUACUCCAUCCAGCUUGUGCCUGACUAUCGUGUUCACCACCAGGCAACCUACAGACUCUCGAUCCCCAAGGCCACCGAACUCAAACGUCAACUUGAGGAGCUCCUCAGACUGGGUUUCAUUAAACCCAGCAACUCCCCGUGGGUUGCACCCGUCCUCUUUGCUCGCAAAGCGGAUGGAACUCUCCGUCUCUGCAUCGACUAUCGCGGUCUCAACUGCUACACGGUUAAGAACAGCUACCCCAUGCCUCAUUCCGACGAGCUGUUCGACCGCCUAGUAGGCAACCGCUUCUUUACGAAGAUUGAUCUUCGGAGCGGUUACCAUCAGAUCCGCGUCGCUACAGCGGAUCAGCCGAAGGCAGCGUUCCGAUCGCGCUUCGGCCACUACGAGUUUACGGUGAUGCCAUUCGGCCUCACCAACGCACCCGCUACCUUCCAGAGGGCGAUGAACGACAUCUUCAGGGACAUCCUGGAGCAGUACGUUCUCGUCUACCUCGGACACCUCUGCGACGUCCUUGACCCCUUGCGCAGACAUGGCUUCUACGCCAAGCUGAGCAAGUGCCACUUUGCACAGCACAAAGUGGAUUUCUUAGGACACUACGCGUCUGACCAGGGUCUCCAUAUGGACGACGCGAAGAUCACUGCUAUUGCGGAGUGGCCCGUCCCCACAUCCGCCAAGCAGCUUCGCAGCUUCCUAGGCCUUACCAGCUACUAUAGUAAUUUCAUCCAGGGAUACGCUAGGUAUUCCUACGUCCUUACCUCCACCCUCCUCCGGAAGAACCCGCCCUGGGCUUGGACACCCCUCCACGAGGACGCCUUCCACGCCCUCAAGAAGGCGGUGACAUGCGCACCGGUGCUUCACCUACCCGAUUUUGAUCGCCCUUUUAUCCUUACCACCGAUGCGUCAGACUUUGCCGUAGGAGCAGUGCUUUCUCAUAUUUUCCCCUCCUCCCCUGAUUCCUCUCAUCCUCGUAUCCCUCGCUUCCCACCCCCGACCCCUACCACUGCCUCCCACCUGACGCCUACUCGCUCAGCUACUGACGAGCCUUCUAUUGACUAUUCUCCUACCAUCGUCGAGAACGGCAUUGUUGAGUCUCGCUCAGGUGAUUGUCCGAUAGCCUUCUACUCCCGUCAGCUCUUGCCCGCCGAGAUAAACUACACCGCUGAUGAACGUGAGCUCUACCCCCACGUGGGCCUUCCAGAUACAGCGUCCACCAAGGUGAUGAAGAUGGUGUGCACCAUAGCCAG